AUGGAAAUACAAACACAAUUGUUUUUCCAAGAAUAUGUUACAAGAAAUGCUUUUACUUUGAAUGAAUGUUAUAUUUAUACAGAUUUUAUUGUACUCAAAUGUGAUGAUUUAACGUUGACAACGAAAUAUUCUGUGUUAAGAUCUCAUGAGUGUCUUGAUAGUGGUUUAGACAGAUUGGUCCAAAUAUGCUAG